AGUCCGAAACGAGCCAUGGCGGAGCUCAGGCACUCCAUCUCGAUGGGGGCUCGAGCCACUUCUUCUCCAAUGAAGCGCGACGAGGACUCCUCCCCUCUCAUCACCGACACCGAGCCCCAAGACGACGACGACGGCCGCGGUCGCCCCCCCUUCAAGGAUCGCGACCGUCCCUUCCUCUCCCAUUUCCAAUCCAUCUGCCCCUCCCUUUCCGACGACCCCAACAGCUCCAGGAUCUCACUCUUCAUCGUCAUCGCCGUCGCAAUCUUCGGCCUGGUCUCGAUUCUGGCGAUCGUGAAACGAGUGAAUGCUCCUUACUUGUGUAAAAAAGAUGGCAUUACUCUUCACUGCCCUCAUGUCAAGGAAUCGCCUUCGCUGUGGGAGAAUCCGUAUUCAGCAACCACAUCUUGGAAGCCCUGUGCCGAGCGCCGCCUUGGUGGGAUUUCAGAUCUUCCACCCGAAAAUGAAACAACUGGAUACAUAUUUAUUCACGCUGAAGGUGGUCUAAAUCAGCAAAGAAUUGCGAUAUGCAAUGCAGUAGCUGUGGCUAAAAUAAUGAAUGCCACCCUUAUUUUGCCUGUGCUGAAGCAGGACCAGAUUUGGAAAGACCAAACGAAGUUUGAAGAUAUCUUUGAUGUUGACCAUUUCAUUGAUUACCUGAAGGAUGAUGUACGAAUUGUUCGUGAUAUUCCUGAGUGGUUUACUGACAAAGCUGAGCUAUUUACAAGUAUAAGACGAACAGUAAAGAACAUUCCAAAGUAUGCACCUGCACAAUUUUACAUAGACAAUGUUCUGCCACGAAUUAAGGAGAAGAAGAUAAUGGCCCUAAAACCUUUUGUUGAUCGACUCGGGUAUGACAAUGUCCCUCAAGAAAUCAACAGGCUAAGGUGCAGGGUGAAUUAUCAUGCUCUUAAAUUUCUUCCCGAGAUAGAGGAGAUGGCUGAUCUGUUGGCAUCAAGGAUGAGAAAUCGCACUGGAGGUUCCAAUCCUUAUAUGGCCCUUCAUCUUAGGUUUGAGAAAGGAAUGGUAGGCUUAUCUUUCUGUGAUUUUGUGGGCACAAGGGAAGAGAAAGCUCUAAUGGCAGAAUAUAGAUAUAAAGAAUGGCCGAGACGAUACAAGAAUGGUACCCAUCUAUGGCAACUAGCCCUGCAGAAGCGAAAGGAAGGGCGAUGCCCCCUUGAGCCUGGGGAAGUGGCUGUCAUUCUUCGAGCAAUGGGCUAUCCUAAGGAAACUCAAAUUUAUGUUGCUUCAGGACAGGUUUAUGGUGGCCACAACAGGAUGGCGCCCCUGAGGAACAUGUUCCCAAAUCUGGUAACGAAAGAAGAGUUGGCAGCUAAGCCGGAGUUGGAUAAAUUCAGGAAGCAUGUGACUAGCUUGGCAGCACUCGACUUCCUGGUGUGCUUGAAGUCUGAUGUUUUCGUGAUGACCCACGGAGGAAACUUUGCUAAGCUGAUCAUAGGGGCACGACGGUACAUGGGUCAUCGUCAAAAAUCAAUAAAACCAGACAAGGGGCUGAUGUCUAAGUCUUUUGGGGACCCUUACAUGGGCUGGGCCACCUUUGCAGACGAUGUAGUAGUCACCCACGAAACACGAACUGGAUUACCAGAAGCGACCUUCCCAAACUACGACUUGUGGGAGAACCCUCUAACUCCUUGCAUGUGUAAAGCUUGAACAGAACAUAUGGUUGACAAACUUGACAGUCGAUUAUUGAGAAGCAUCUCCUCCAAGAGCUCGGAGAACGUAUACCUGGGAGAUGGAAUCGUGAACUUGUACCCGAAAGGUUUGAAAGAAUGUUGCUCUAUGUGAUGAAGAAAAUUGAGGAAAAAUCAAACUUGUUUGGGUUGUGUCAAGAAUGUCAGAUAGUUUUUGCUUGUAUCAUCAGAACUGUGUAAAUUAUUAGAGGAAUGUGACAGAUGUUUUUCAGGUAGUGAUUGCUGCUUGAAUCAUUCCAUGCUGA